ACUCCUCAGCCCACCAAUGACAAGUGAACACUGCGAUAUCAAUGCAGUCACCGGAGAUAGGUAUCGGAUAGAUUUCCAAAAUAGGUGACAUUUUAGCCUAGUUACAGAGCUGGACACAGAUGGAUAAAAUGGUGUCAUUUACGCAAACUGGCGAAACCUCGAACAGAAUGUGCAAACGGAGGAAAAUGAACAGCGGUUCUCAAUCUCCAUCAAGGGAGAAUGUAUCCCCACACGGAGACCAAAGCGAGGAGACUUCGUGCACCCCUGAGCGGAGACCGCGGGCGGAGAGGGUCAGAAAGCAAAACAUCAUUUCUAAACUGUCAGACUCUGGUUUCGAAGAGGACUUUCUAUCUCCGACCCGGACCCCAUCGCCGGUUCGGAGAAAUCGGUGUCCGGUAACAGUUGAAGACGCACUGACACCAGGGAAUUCCAACAACAGACUGUUGUUUAAUUGGUAUCAACACUACGGCGAGAUUGGUUAUCAGAUACAGAAACUCAAAGAGCCCCAGUUUCAUCCAGUCAACUGUUUGUCUCGACAACCGCAGGUGACAGCCGAGUCACGGUGUAAGCUCAUCAGCUGGCUCAUCCCCGUACACAGAUACCUGCGUCUGUCCUUUGAGUGUUACAGCCUGGCGGUCAACAUCAUGGAUCGCUUCCUGGUUUCCACCCCCGUGGCUGCUGACUGCUUCCAGCUACUGGGGGUCACCGCCCUGCUGCUCGCCUGUAAACAGGUGAUAGAUAUGUUGACUAUUCAGGGAGGGAGUCAGUCAAUUUAG